CCGUCCAUUUAGCUGACGAAGCACGACUUGCAGGCCCUGUACAAUUUCGAUGGAUGUACCCCUUUGAGAGGUAAUCAAUAAACCUAAUAUAUAUUAUAUAGGCUUCAAAUAUAUUUUUACAAUCAUGUGGUGAUUACUAUAUAGGUACCUGCGAAAGUUGAAAAGCAAUGUGAGGAAUAAAGCCAGGGUAGAAGGAUCUAUUUGCAAUGCAUACAUAGUGGAAGAAGCAUCCACGUUCUGCUCCUAUUAUUUUGAGGAACAUGUGAGAACCAAACAUAGGAAUGUGCCACGUAAUUUCGAUACUCAAGAUCCUAUUAGGUUCGAUGGGCAUCCUGAUAGACUUACCGUUUUCAAACAAACGGGACAUACUUUUGGGAAAAUGUCUACGAGAUACCUUGAUAGCAAAGAGUAUCAUGCUGCUCACACAUAUGUCCUAUUGAAUUGUAUAGAAGUUACCCAGACAUAUCUCGAGUUGUUUGUCGAAUCAUUGCGCAUGUUGGGGAUGUCUGAGGGCGAAAUUGAUAGUAAGAUGGAAACUGAAUUUGCGAGAUGGUUCGAAUCAUACGUGGCGAACCCUGUUAAUAAUGUGACGAAUCAGUUUCUUAUUAGUCUUUCUAAAUGGCCCUUAACAAUGAUAUCAACAUAUCCCGGCUAUUUUGUUAAUGGAUUCAAAUUUCAUACGCUUUCACAUGGUACAUCUCGAGCCACUAUGAAUAGUGGAGUGUGCAUUAGGGGUGCAGAUAAUAAUUGUGAGCUUGAUUAUUAUGGUCGUUUGGUAGAGGUGUGCGAGCUUGAGUAUCAAGGUCUGCCAAAGAAGACAACCACAUUAUUCAAGUGUGAUUGGUUUGAUCCGGGACGGAAUGGGACAUUGGUGCAUCCCCAAUACAAGUUGGUGUCUAUAAAUCACACCAAAAAGUAUGGAAAGUACGAACCUUUUGUGCUAGCAGAUCAAGUAAUUCAAGUAUACUAUUGUACUUAUCCAAGUAAAACUCAAUCUAAAAAAGAUUGGUGGGAGGUGUGUAAGAUAAAAGCGAGAUCUAAAGUUGAAGUACCAACUGAAGCAUCUACUGUGGAGGUAGACCAACCAUUUCAAGAUGAAUUUAUGAGCUCAAUACACACAAUUAUAGAUGAUGCACCCAACGUAGUUCAUCCUAGUGGCGAGUUGAUAGAUAUGGAUGAUGAAGAGGAAGAAGAGGAAGAUACACCGAUUAGUGAAGAAGAAGAUAAUGAUGAUGGUUAUAGAGAUGAUGAUGACUAUUAG